AUGGGCCAGUGGCAGUCAUCUCAGCCUUCCCACACCGGGCCCGCGCCCUCGGACACGCAUACUCAUGAGAAGAAAGACCCGUACCUGGCCAAGCCAAGCGGAAGUUGCUGCCUCAAAGGGACAAUCCACGAGGGCGAGCCGAGGGGGACCUGGGAAACCAUUGCGGGCGUCGAGACGUACAUCUCAACCCCGCCGGAGGGCAAGGCCAACGGCAACGUGCUGCUCUACUUUCCCGAUGUGUGGGGCAUGUUUACGAACGGGCUCCUGGUCAUGGACGCCUUCGCGGAUGCUGGGUAUACCGUCCUGGGCCUCGACUACUUCCGCGGUGACCCGGUCUGGAAGCAUCGCAAGAACCGACACGACAACAGCAAUCCCGAUUUUGACUACGAGGCGUGGAAGCGCAAACACACGGCGUUCGCCAACGAGGCUGUGCCCAAAUGGGUUUCCUGCGUCGCUUCACGGUACCGACAAGUGAACCCAGAGACCAAGUUCGCCUGCGUCGGGUACUGCUUCGGCGCGCCGUACGUGUGUGACGAGCUCGCCAAGGAGACGGUGGCCGCGGGCGCUUUUGCCCAUCCGGCUUUCUUGAAAGAGCACCAUUUCCGAAACAUCAAGAAGCCGCUCUUUCUUUCCUGCUCCGAGGUCGACCACACGUUCGAUGUGCCGUCGAGGAGGCGUGCUCUGGACAUCCUGCAGCAGGAAGGGAAAGUUUAUCACUACCAGCUAUUUUCCGGGGUAGAACACGGGUUUGCUUUGCGGGGCGACCCGAAUGACCCUUAUCAGCGUUACAAUUUCGUUGGCUGGGGGUCGUCGACGAUCCGACCAAGAGCAAGCCCCGUGCUGAAGAUCUUCGGUUUGCGUGUCCGGUGGCGGAGGAUUAGGCUGCUGCCAAAUCUACGUGUUUUGCCCAUGGCGCCCCCGAGAGCAUUUGAUUUCGCCGGCGAUGUGGCGAUUGUCACAGGCGCCGGUUCGCGAAUGGACGGCGAGAUUGGCAACGGCCGAGCGUCCGCCAUCCUGCUCGCGCGGCACGGCGCCAAAGUGGCCCUGCUCGACUACAACGUCGCGUGGGCCAACGAGACCAAGCGCAUGAUCGACGAGGAGGGCGGCAUCUCCGAGGUGAUCCAGGCCGACGUGACGGACGAGGAGUCGUGCAAGGCCGCGGUGGCCAAGACGGUCGAGCUCUUUGGAGCAGUGCAUAUCCUGGUGAACAAUGUGGGAGUCGGUGGCGCCAUGGGCGACGCCACCGUGGUUAAUCUGGACGCCUGGGACCGGGACUUCCGCAUCAACGUGACCAGCAUGGUGCUGAUGAGCCGGUAUGCGAUUCCCGAGAUGCGGAAGCAGGGGCGGGGCGCCAUCGUGAACAUGUCGUCUGUCAGCGGCCUACUCGGCGGCAAUCCCAGCCUGCUCUAUCCCACGACCAAGGGCGCAAUCAUCCAGAUGACGCGGGCCAUGGCCGCGCAGCACGGGCGAGAAAACAUCCGCGUCAACUGCGUGUGCCCGGGCAUGGUGUACACGCCCAUGACGCGCGGCCGCGGCAUGACGCCCGAGAUGAGGCAGGCCCGCAUCAACCAGAACCUGAUGAAGCUGGAGGGUACUGGUUGGGAUGUUGGCUACGCCGUCCUCUUCCUCUCGAGCAAAGAGGCAAGAUGGAUUACCGGGCUGAUCAUGCCCGUCGACGGAGGAGUAAGUAACACAACCCGAGAGACUCAAGCAAUUACAGUGAGGAGAAUGGUUCUGACAGACAGAUGCAGACCACAGCCGGGCGAGCCGACAGACCCGCGUUGA